AUAUCAGCCGUUUCGUCGCCCUCGUGUCAUGUGCAGAACAAUUUCAACAAUUUAGUAUGGCGGAGUUAGUUCUUGUAGUUUCUUGUAUCGAAUGUGAGAAGAUCAACGACGAUAAAACGAGACAUUGUGACGGAUAAGUUUUUUUUGUCUUUUGUAUUGAAAACUACAUUUGUGUUCGAUUAAAUUUUUAAUUUAUAGUAAAUUUACGAGAAUAGAAAGAUUUUUAUCAGGAUAUUGUUCAUCAGGUGUUGUGUGCGUGUGACAUCAAGUUUAGAUUAGUGAAAGAAAUUGCAAUUAUUGCUAACGCGUAAUUUACCCUAAUUUUCAAGAAAGAAUAUUCGCCAUAUCGUUGUAUUCGUUCCUGAUUACCCCGAAUGGGCGGGAUUACUUGUUCAUGGUUUGAGGGUAAGUUUAAAAAUGGCUAGCGAUUUGUCGAGCGGAUGUACAGAAGCAAUCGAAGUGUUGGACGAGAAAGAAGAAGGUGAAAUAUCCUUGGAAGAUGUAAGUUCUUCCGAGGAAGGACAUUUAAAUUACGGAUACGAGAGUAGGCUUGCUCAAUGUUCCAACUGUUUGUCAACCCAACACAAUACAACGUGGUGCACUGCUCCUGCCAAGUUUUAUCACUCCAAAGGCCCUAAUAGAAGAGUAGAAGUUGACCUUAUUCUACAAGAUGCAGUCCAGGGAAAAGAAAAUCGUCACCAGACCAAAGAAUCGGGAUGCAUUGGAAUGAAGCACGUAGCAUCUACACUUCAAGAAAAAAAUGAUGACCUUGUACCUAUCUCAAGCGACAGCGAUAUGGAAAUUGUUGGUCUUGCAGAUAACUCUAAACAAAUUAGAAUACGUUCCUCUUCAAAGACUAGAGUCAAGAAAAAGAAGAAAAAGAAAAGAAGUCAUGUAUCUAUGAUGACAUUGGAUGAUUUAGUUUCUUCAUCUACUGUAGACGUAGCUCUGACAGAAUGUGCCAGUACUUUAAAACAUGAUACAACAAAAGCUACUUCUUUAAGAUCACAUCACAGAGAGAUGAGUCCUGCUCGUAGAACUAGAUCAAGAGCAGAGCCAAGAUCACCUUCUAGAAGGCAUAAAUUUGUAGUGAAACCACAUUCUCCUUUCAAAAGAUCUAAAUCUCCUGUUGUUCACGCUAGAUCGCCGACGAUAAGAAGGUCUCCAAGAAGACUUAAAUCUCCUAAAAGAUCACCAUACAGAUCACCAGGAAAAACGAUAUCCAGAAAACCUUCGCAUCUGGAAUUAACGUCGUCGUCUCAUAAUUAUAUUGAUACACAUAAACAAUUACUUAAAAAAGUAAGACAUUUAGAUUCAGUAGGAAUUCACUCAUUAGAGGAAACUUUAAAUAAAAACAAAGAGCAUGCAUCUUCCUUGAAAGAGAAAUUAACAAAUAUGAUGAAAGGAGUCUGUGACAAUAAUAGCAAUACCACAAAUUUAUCUAAAAUAAAAUCAGAUGCAGAUGAUGAAGAAGAUCUGGCAUUACUAAGACAAAAAGCACUUGAAACAAAGCAACAAAAAUCAAGUAAACAGAACGAACAGCAAAAGAGUGAAGCUGCAAAAAAAGUAAUUGCAAAUAUAGAUGAUGAUCAAGAUGAAGAAGACUUAGAAUUAAGAAUGAUUGCACUUCGUUCUGCAGUAUUAAAAAAGCAUCAGAAUAGAGUUCAAAAGGGUAUUAAAUCAGGGAAAUAUAAGAAGUCUAAUAUAUCUCGCAGUGAAAGCCCAUUUACUCAAAGCUUUUUGGAUAGUAUUCCUAUUCCUGGAGAAGAAUUUCUACAUUUUACAUCUCCACCACAUACUCCACCCCCUAUGAGUGAAAAUAAUCAAACAGAAGAUAUGGACCUAGAUACAGAUGUGGAAAGGGAGAAAGAGAAAUUGCCAUAUUCUCCAACAGAUAAAAUUACUGUUGAUAUACCUAUGGAUACAGAGUUACUGGGUAUUCAACCAUCUGAUGUGUCUUUCAUUAGUGUUAACGAAGCAAAUAGUAGUCCCGAUUUUCGUGGAUCUACAACUCCUAAUCAGGAUGAUCGAAAAUCUUAUCAGGGAAAAAUCAUUGAAAAUCGAAGUUAUUUACCAAAUGUUGCAUAUUAUACAUCGCCACAAAAUGCAACAACAAAUACAAGUCUACAAUAUUCACCAACAGAUCCACCAGAAACUGUUAAGUCAGAUUAUAUAAAAGUACAUCAUUCUUACAUAGAUGUUCACAAAAGUAACACAUCCCCCUUGGCAGAUAACAAUGCAAGUCAGGAAAUACCUUAUUCUCCAACUGAUACUCCUGUAUAUGAUCCAGAUCUAUCACAGAUGCUUCCUCAAACUGUUUGUUCAUUUGCUACUUCAAAUUCUUCUGUGUACAUGGAAUCAACCUACAGUUCUAGUGCACAUGAAAAUAAUGAACAUUGCAAUCAUAAGACAAGUCAAGAAACAACAAAACAGAUAAACAAUGCAAACCAAGAUGAACAUCUAGAUAAACUAGAAACACUCUCUACAGAUUCAAUUGUUAGUUCUGCUGCAAGUUGCUUUAGGAAAUCAUCACUUAGUAGCUCAGUAGCAAUUGAUUCUCUUCCUGAAAUAGAUGCAAAUACAAACUCAUUAACUGAGUCUAUUAAAAAUGUAAAACAUAUGGAAUACAUUCCAAACAAUACAACAGACAGCACGAAAGAAAUAAUUUCGGAACCCCUUUAUAUGAAAGGGGUACCAGAUGUUACCAAAGAUAUAAAUAAGAUACCAACUCUAAUUAACAGAACACUUGUUCCAGUAUCAAUUUUAAAAACAAACAAACAAUUGCAACAACCUUUGCCUAUGAAGAAGUCCACAGCACAAGAACCAACAUUCAAAAGUGCAGAAAUGCAACCAGUUGUUAUUAAUGAAGAAAUUGUUCCAAAGGCAAAUACUUCUUUCAAACCAAUUAAAUUAAUUUCAUUACCACAAAAGUCUAAUUCUGUUUUAACAAUACCCACUGCAUUUCAUGAUUCCUUACAUGAAGAGUCUGCUAAUGAAAUACUUACAAAUACAGAUACCUCACAAGUACAGAGUAAUACGAAUGUGACUCAGAUACAAAAUAAUGGAGUUAUAACUGCAGAAACUUCGGAUAAAAGUCGUGAUAUUACAAACGUAACACAAAAGAAGAAGAAGUCUACAAAGAAAGGAGUGAAGAGAAAAAGUAUUGAUUCAGUACAGUCUACUAAUGAACAUGGUUCAACAGGUACAAAUAGUGACAAUAUAAAUAUUUUAGAUAAACAAGUAAAUAAAACGUCUGAACCUGAAAAAAUUGAAACAUGUAAAAAUAAUAAAAGACAACAAAAUGUAAAAGAUAAUACUUUGGAUCAAAAGAGUCAAAUUCCAUCUGAAACGAAUGUAAAUGAGACAAAUACUAAAGAUAAUACUCCAUUUAAUGAUACUGUAGAACAAGAUAAGAAUACAUACAGUAGAAGACAAAGCUUAGACGAAGAUGAAGAAGCAUUAAGAGCAAUUUUAUUAGCUUCCUUACCAAAAAGAACAAAGUCUAUCAACCAAAAACGUUCAGAUUCAGUUGCAAUUACGACUGUAUCUAAUGCAUUGGCAAAUUGUAAUAAAGUUUUUGCAAAUGAAACUGUAUCAAAUGAUACAUCAUCUAAGAUUAACACAACAGAAACUAAUGGUACAUUUUCGUCCAACCAACAUGCAGGUUCAUAUGGAUUUGAAGAUAACAGAAAUCAGACAAGUUCCAGGGGAAAAACAAUUAACACAAAUAUACAAGGAAAUGUACCUGCUGAAAAUAUUAAGGCAUUAGCUACAGCAACUUCUGGGAAAAAAAGAUUACUUCCAAUGUCUAAGGGUCCACAAAAGAAAAUCAUAAAAAGAACUCCAAUCCCGGCAAGUACUAAAGUUGUAAACAAUGCAAAAAAAUAUCAAAAUGCAAUGGUUCAAAAGAAAUUGAACUUACAAAAAGUUAAAAGUCUUACUAAAGUGAAAUCUAAUGACAACAAGUGGUCUACAAAUACAAAGAUAUCAUUGUCUGACACUCAAAGAAUUGUAAUCAAUUUGGAAUCAGAUACAGAAAGUGAUUCUGAAUCUGAACAACACGCAAAGAAAAUUGUGUCUUCUGUCAAGUCUCUCAAAGUAGACAAACAUCCACCAUCAAUAAAUUCCACAAUUGAAUUUGAGAAAAAUUUAGAUCAAUUUUUGCGAGCUGUAAGAAAGAAACAAGAAUCUCUGGCUGCUGCAAGACCAACAUCAACGGUAUCACAAACAUCAAAGAAAGAUGUAGUAUUGACAACAAAAUCGGAUAAUUUGUCUAAUCUUCAUACACCUUUGGCUGUACGCCAUUUACCCGCGUCUCAACAAGAAGAAUAUCGUCGAUUAAAACAACAAAUUAUGGAACGUGAAAAAUCGAAAUUAAAUAGAACUGUCGAAAAUAAUGUUUUAACAAAAAAUAAAAACGUAGAAAUAUCUACAAAAUUGGCAUCACCUAACAGUCCAAAUAAAGAGUUACAUUCAAAAAUAAAUCAAACUAUUUCUGUAAAAGGUCAGGAUGUAAAUACACAACUUAACAAAGAAAAUUGUUCGAAAAAUGUAGAUUCUGUAAAAAAUGCGAAUAUAAACAUUCAAUCGUCUACUAAUAAUGUACAUAAUGUUGAUAAACAAGGAAAUGCAAGUUCAAACCAAACAAAGGCAAUGUCAAGAUUAAUGACAAAUCUUAAUGUAUGUAGAUCCAAUGAAAAUCAUUUAAAUAUUGGAAAUAAAAUAGUUGGAAAUCCUUUGCAGUCAAGUACAACUUCACAUAAAGUUCUUGAUUCAUCUGCAAAGGAAAAUCCAAUCAAAAAUAAAAUUACACCUACUUUGAAAGUCUUGUCAAUUGCUGAAGUAAAUCGAAAGUAUGUACAAAUUCAAGUGAACAAUGAUACAAACGAACGAGUAGUAAAAAUACAUGAUAAAGUGACCUUAAAUAACAAAACAGUACUUAAUCAAAAUGAAAAUAUUUCUGGAAGUAAAAAUAAUAUUAAAAAAAAUCCGUGUAAUCAUGAUGAACUUGUACAAUCUGUAGAGAAGGAAAUUAAUACGGAUGAUACGCAAUGUAGUAAUAAUGAGGUUGAUUCAGAUGCAUCAACUAUUAUUCUAACAAGAAACAAUGAGAGUGCAGAUAGUAAAGGAAGCCCUGAAACAUCCGAAUCAACAAUUCGACUUUCGCAAUAUGGGGAAGAUAGUCAAUCCUCGACGAUUUCAAUAGGAGAAAGUAAAGAUGAAACUUAUAUUUCAUUAUUCAAAAGUAAUCUAUUAUCAAGUGAUAAAAGAAGUAUAGAGGAAAGUUGGGAAGCAAUUAAAAGAGAUGUUAAAACAGAGCUAAGUACUCUUAUUAACCUUUCAAGGACCGAACAAGAACAACAUUUAAUGGAUACAGAACAAAAAUUAGUUUUGAAACGUUACACGAUAUUAGAUGAAUUAGCGGAAAUGUCGGGUAAUCUUCGCCAGUGGUACAUGGAACGAGAUCUUCAAACAAACUUGGUUGCAGAGGUGAAAAAGCUCAGGGAACAACUCAGACUUGCUGAAGAGAGAUUACAACACCAACGUAAUCGUAUAAAUAAUAUAGGUCCAAAAGUAGUGGCAGGACAUGGAAAAAUCAGUGCAGGCCGACAAGAAUGUUUCAAGCUUGCAACAAUUUGUUCAAGUUUAGGAAGUAGAAUUCUAGGAAAAGAAUACAAGGUACCUGAAGCUGGAGCACAACUUUUAGAUAAUCGAUUGAAAGAAGUGGCUAAUCACACGCGGCAACUUUCUCGGAAGAAAGUACCAUUCAUCGACAUUCCCGAAAUACACGAAUCGACAAAAUUGAACGAAGAAACUGCAUCCAUUGUACAUACAGAGUUUACACAAAUUGAAGACAUGUCGUUAGAGAGGAGCAAUCUGGAUAAUGUUGUUGAUACAAACAUUUUAAGUCCGGAGAAAUAUUCGCCAAGAUCAGACGAAAUUGAAAGCGAUACAGCAGUAGAAACAACUAUGAUAAAUGUAGAAGAAAUAAGAGAAGAAGGUACCGUAGCAUCAAGUAGCGUUGGCAACAAUGUAGAAAGUUUACCUCAACAAAGUAAUACCGAACGAGAAGUGUCUACUGAACAACCAGUUCCGAGUAGUCCCGCUGUUACUACUUCUAGUAUUUCUAGUUCGAAAGAAAUUCAAGAAUCAGAUCACAAAGAAUCGUCAGAAGAUACAAUGGUAAGACCAAAAUCAACCUUGGAAUCUUGCGACCAGAAAAGAAAUUCUACGAAAUCUGAGGGAGAGCAUCGAACCAAGAAGACGCUUUUACCCUAUGAAUCAAUAUUAACACAUUUUAAAGUGCCAAGGAACACGAAUCCCAAUGGCGUCCUUUGUCCGUACGAGUUGAUGGGUACUUGCAGUGAUGGAGACUGUCAGUUUAUUCAUCAAAGAGACAGUCAAGCCAAGUAGCAUUUAGCUACUAAAGUGGCAUUGUUAAGUUAUACGUAAGGUGGUUUUAAUCUUUAAUCAUAAGAUUCAGGGGGCUUUAUGAAAUAAGAAUCUAAUCAAGACUUUCAUUGAAAGCGAUCACUUCUAUUAUAUAAUUCGUUGCAACGAACAAAAAUUUCCUGUUGAAAUUAAAUUAUACUACUCUUGUUAUUACAGGUACUGUUUCUAAAGAAGCAAUAUUCUGUGCAGAUGGAAUAAUCCUGUUAACCGAAGAAGUCACACCUGAAGAUGGUAAGUUGUCUUCAUCAUGGCAGGAAUUUGUGCACAAAUUAAAAUAGCCAUUUUAUUAUAUAAGGAUCUUAAAUUUUAAGCAAAGCAGAAUUUUUAAUACUGUGCUAUUUCAAACGUCUAUUCUAUCAAAAGUUUAAAGAAGAUUUGCUGCAAGUGUUUAUUUUUUACAUAUGUAAAAAAUGUCAUAUAGACUGCAAAUAUUUAGUGUAGUUAAUGUAAAAAAAAAUAAAAGAAGAAAUUAUUGACCGAU